AAAUCCAAGCCCGGCCCAAGUUACAAAUCCUUAAACCCUAUGGAAUCCAAAACGAGGGAGAAGGCGGCAACUGCAGCGAACAAUGGUGAAAGCAUAUCUCCGAUACGAGCCGGCGGCGGCGUUCGGAGUUAUCGCGUCCGUCGAUUCCAAUAUCGCCUACGAUAGCUCCGGAAAACACCUCCUUGCACCGGCGCUAGAAAAGGUCGGAGUUUGGCACGUGCGCCAAGGCGUUUGCACUAAAACCCUGACCCCUUCUCCAUCUUCUCGCGGCUCUUCUUUCGCUGUCACCUCCAUUGCCUCCUCUCAAUCCUCUCUGAUUGCGAGUGGGUAUGCUGAUGGUAGUAUAAGAAUUUGGGAUUGUGACAAAGGAACUUGUGUGACCACAUUGAAUGGACAUAAAGGGGCUGUGACUGCUCUUCGGUAUAAUAAGAUUGGAUCUUUACUUGCUUCUGGUAGCAAGGAUAAUGAUGUUAUCUUAUGGGAUGUUGUUGGCGAGACAGGCCUUUUUCGCCUUCGUGGCCAUCGUGACCAGGUCACCGACCUUGUUUUCUUGGAUUCUGGUAAAAAACUUGUUAGUUCAUCCAAAGACAAAUUUUUGAGAGUUUGGGAUCUUGAAACCCAACACUGUAUGCAAAUAGUUAGUGGUCAUCAUACUGAAAUUUGGUCCAUAGACACUGACCCAGAGGAGAGAUAUCUUGUCACUGGAUCAGCAGAUCCAGAACUUAGGUUUUACACCAUAAAGCAUGACUUGGUUAAUGAAAGAUCUAUAUCAAAGUUAAAUGGAACUGAAGCUGUGGACAGUGGAGAUUCAUCUGUGCAAAGCAAAUGGGAAGUUUUAAAGCUGUUUGGUGAGAUUCAGCGACAAAGCAAGGAUAGAGUUGCCACUGUGAGAUUCAACAAGUCUGGACAUCUGCUGGCUUGUCAAGUGGCAGGGAAGAUAGUAGAGAUUUUACGUGUAUUGGAUGAGUCGGAAUCUAAGCGUAAAGCAAAACGAAGAAUUCACAGGAAGAAAGAGAAGAAAUCCAUAAAAGAGGUAGCUGAUGUGACUCUAGAUGGGGAUGUUAAUCUUUUAAAAGGGGAAGAAAGCUUUAUCCCUACUGUUACCGUCUCUGAUGUUUUUAAGCUUAUUCAUACUUUACGAGCUAGCAAGAAAAUAUGUUCCAUUUCUUUUUGUCCGGUCACUCCAAAGAGCUCUCUGGCAUCUUUAGCGUUAUCUUUGAACAAUAAUUUAUUGGAAAUUCAUUCUAUUGAAAGCAGUUCAAGUACAAAAACACUUGCUAUCGAGCUCCAGGGACACCGUUCUGAUGUCAGAAGUGUUACACUUAGCUCAGACAACACUUUGUUGAUGUCAACUAGCCACAAUGCUGUAAAGUUUUGGAAUCCAAGUACUGGUUCUUGCCUGAGAACUAUUGAUUCUGGGUAUGGAUUAUGUGGUUUAAUUCUUCCUCGUAACAAGUAUGCACUUGUUGGAACAAAAGCUGGGACCAUAGAAAUUAUUGACAUUGGGAGUGGCACUUGUAUUGAAGUAGUGGAAGCUCAUGGUGGCUCUGUCCGGUCGAUUGCGACAAUUCCAGAUGGAAACGGCUUUGUCACUGGAAGUGAAGAUCAUGAAGUAAAGUAUUGGGAAUAUCAAUACACACAGGAACCCAAUCAACAUACCAAGCCCUUAAUGUUAUCACAUGUAAGGACUAUGAAAAUGAAUGAUGAUGUUCAAGUGGUUGCUGUUAGUCCCGAUGCUAAGUAUAUCGCAGCUGCAUUGUUGGAUUGUACAGUGAAGGUUUUCUUUAUGGAUUCCCUCAAAUUUUUCCUGUCCUUAUAUGGUCACAAGCUGCCUGUGCUAUGCAUGGAUGUUUCAUCAGAUGGAGAUUUGCUUGUCACUGGUUCUGCAGACAAAAAUUUGAAGAUUUGGGGUUUGGAUUUUGGUGAUUGCCAUAAAUCUAUUUUUGCUCAUGCUGAUAGUGUUAUGGCUGUGCAAUUUGUUCGCAAUACUCAUUAUGUGUUUAGUGCUGGAAAAGAUCGCCUCAUAAAAUACUGGGAUGCUGAUAAGUUUGAACUACUUUUAACCCUCGAGGGACAUCAUGCAGAAGUUUGGUGUCUGUCAAUCAGCAAUCGUGGUGAUUUUAUUGUCUCGGGAUCUCAUGACCGAUCCAUUCACCGUUGGGAUCGUACUGAAGAGCCCUUUUUUAUUGAGGAAGAGAAAGAAAAAAGGCUAGAACAGAUGUUCGAGUCUGACCUUGACAAUGCAUUUGAAAACAGGUAUGCUCCCAAAGAAGAACUUCCAGAGGAGGGAGCUGUGGCCUUGGCUGGGAAGAAAACUAAAGAAACACUGUCUGCAACUGACUCAAUUAUCGAUGCUUUAGACAUAGCAGAGGAUGAAUUGAAGCGUAUUUCUGAACAUGAGGAGGAGAAAACAAAGGGAAAAGUUGCUGACUUCCAACCAAAUAUUUUAAUGCUUGGUCUCUCUCCAUCAGACUUUGUUCUUCGUGCACUCUCAAAUGUUCAUACUAAUGAUAUGGAGCAGACAUUACUGGCUUUACCUUUCUCAGAUGCAUUGAAGCUUUUGUCCUACUUGAAGGAUUGGACAAUUAAUCCUGACAAGGUUGAGCUUGUUUGCAGGAUUGCUACAGUGUUAUUGCAGACACAUUAUAAUCAGCUGGUUACUACCCCAUCUGCAAGGCCUGUCUUGAGUGUUCUAAGAGACAUUCUUUAUGCAAGAGUCAAGGAAUGCAAAGAUGUUCUUGGUUUCAACCUUGCAGCAAUGGAUCAUCUAAAGCAAUUGAUGGCCUUGAAAUCUGAUGCACUCUUUCAAGAUGCCAAAACAAAGUUGCUUGAAAUCCGUGCACAGCAUUCAAAACGCAUAGAAGCAAGGACUGAAACUAGAGAAGAAAAACAGAGAAAGAAGAAGAAAAAGAAAUCUAGUGAUGAACAUGCUUGGACCUGAUUCCAAAGCUAGGCAAUUUUCAAGAAAUAGUUUUCAAUGCUUUUGGAGAUGAAUUGUUCCAGCAGGCAAAGAUAUAACAACACCAAAGCACCGUAGCCACACGGCAUGCUGCAUACAGCAGCAGAAGAAUGAUUGAAGCCUUGAAAUAGUAGUCAUAUAAAUCAAAGUAAUAUGUAACAUAAUUGCAUGUUCCCAAUCUUUGUUUUUUGUUUUUCCUCUGUCAUCCUCUUUUGUCUUCUUCAUCCCCUUUUUUGGGUGGUUUGUUUGUUUGUUUGUUUGUUUUGGGAUCUAGGCAUUUGGGUGGUGGCAUGGCAUUUUUAUUUGCGGGCUCUUAACCAGUGCCUAGCAGCCAAAAGUUUUGAAGUUUUGAUCUCAGCAGAGCUGCUUGAGGUAGGGGGGUUGGGGGCGGUGUUCUUCCUACAUUUUAGUGGCAACAUGUAAUACUACUUGAGCCGGAAGUUGAAUUUUGACAGCUGAAUGGUUUAAUAUUUUGCUGAUCUAUUUAUGUAGGCAGAUGCUGUCUCCUAUCAAAGACUACGCCUGGUAUUUAAAAUGUUCUGCAUGAAAUGGGAAAUCAGUUUGCCUUGGACCAAA